AGAGAGAGAGAAACUGGAUUAAAGGCAGCCAGCAGAGACAGGAGGAAGAGGAGGAGGAGGUGGAGGAGGACCACAGGGAACAGUGUGGAGUGGACUACCUGAGUCCUGCAGAAACAAACCCUUGUGGAAGAACAAUAACAGUGACUACAGACUGUGGACGACAUCAGCUGUCGAUCAUGGCGGGUGAUAUGAUCCUGUUGAUGCGAGGCUUGGCUAAGCUGAGCCAGGCGGUUAUAGAGACCCAGAGCAACACCCUGCGAAGUGGGACAGUCCCGGGUGUCGGUGCCGCUGUGCAAAGCGUACAGUCGGCCGCUGAGCAAGGCCUCUCUGCAGCCAUGAUGAAAAUGCAGGAGCUUUCAGGCCAGGAGCAGACGUCCUCCUCAGAGUCUGACUUUGACUUUCCUCAGGAUGACAGGGCGUUCACGGAGUUUAGGGAAGAAGGUGUGGAUCCUACGAUAGAGGACAAGGAUGCAGCUGAUCCCAGAGCGGCAGCAGGAGGAAGCAACGCUGGUGGAAAACAGUCGUUAUUUGAGGGAUACAAAGACCCGAGCAAACAGUUCAGUGGGCAGACCAGAUCUUACCACCAGGACUCCAGGAGACACUUCAUGGCACACCAUCAUCUCUACAGCCACAGCUUGAAAAGACAUUUGUGGGCACAGAUGUACUGUCAGAACUCAGUCCGACAACUCAGGAGCUACCAUCAGGAUCCGUCCACGGUCGGAGGACUAACAGCCGAAGACAUCGAGAAAGCCAGAGAGAGCAAAAGGACUGAGGCUAAACCCCACAAACAGAUGUUGAGUGAGAGAGCCCGAGAGAGGAAAGUGCCCGUGACCCGGCUCAGCAGAUUGGCCAGUUUUGGAGGUCUGGCCGUCGGUUUGGGAAUCGGAGCAUUGGCAGAAGUCGCCAAGAAAACCAUCAGACACAAUGGUGUUGCAGGUGAAAAUAAGAAAGCUGUACUGGACUCCAGCCCGUUCCUGUCCGAAGCCAACGCUGAACGCAUCGUCAGAACGCUGUGCAAAGUCAGAGGAGCUGCGUUAAAACUUGGACAGAUGCUCAGUAUUCAAGAUGAUGCCUUUAUCAACCCCCAACUUGCCAAGAUCUUCGACCGCGUGAGACAGAGCGCCGACUUCAUGCCAAUCAAACAGAUGAUGAAAGCGCUGAACAGUGACUUAGGUCCGAACUGGAGGGACAAGCUGGAGUCAUUCGAGGAGCGUCCCUUUGCAGCGGCGUCCAUCGGCCAGGUUCACCUCGCAAGGAUGAAGGACGGCAGGGAGGUGGCCAUGAAAAUACAGUACCCCGGUGUGGCCCAGAGCAUCAACAGUGAUGUCAACAACCUGAUGACGGUGCUGAACAUGAGCAAUGCCCUGCCUGAAGGUCUGUUUCCAGAACAUCUGAUAGAUGUGAUGAGGAGAGAGUUAGCUCUUGAAUGUGAUUAUAUCAGAGAAGCUCAGUGUGCAAAGAAAUUCAGGGAGCUGUUGAAGGACCACCCAUUCUUCUACGUACCAGAGGUGAUAGAGGAGCUGAGCAGCACCCACGUCCUGACCACAGAGCUGGUCCCCGGUUUCCCCCUGGACCAGGCAGAGAGCCUCACACAGGAACUAAAGAAUGAGAUCUGUCUGAAUAUCCUGACGCUGUGCCUCAGAGAGCUGUUUGAGUUCAGGUACAUGCAGACCGAUCCAAACUGGUCCAACUUUUUUUAUGACCCACAAACACACAGGGUGGCACUGUUGGACUUUGGAGCCACAAGAGGGUUUGAUCAGAGUUUCACAGACGUCUACAUAGAGGUAAUCCGUUCAGCUGCUGAAGGUGACAGAGAGGGAGUUCUGAAGAAAUCUAUAGAGAUGAAGUUUCUGACAGGUUAUGAGUCCAAGGCUAUGGUGAACGCCCACGUGGAUGCUGUGAUGAUCCUCGGCGAGGCCUUCGCAUCCACGGAGACCUUCGACUUCGGCUCUCAGUCCACCACAGAACGUAUUCACAACCUGAUCCCGGUGAUGCUCAAACACCGGUUGACCCCGCCUCCAGAGGAGACCUACUCGCUCCACCGUAAAAUGGGCGGUUCCUUUCUCAUCUGCUCCAGGCUGAACGCCAAGCUACAGUGUAAGGGGAUGUUCCAGACUGCAUACGAGAAGUACUGGGAAGGCCGAACCAGGCCCUCUCCUUCAGCCUAAGCCCACGUGUGACGAGACGUGACGGACAGGACUUGGGGCCAAAAGCAAAGUGCCCGUCGGUGAUGAGAUCAGAGAGAAACGAUCGGAUCAUCAGUUCGGUUGGUCGCCGUGUUCCCUGUUGUUAACUGAUCACCGAGCGCAAACGUAUCUUUCCCUCCACAAUGAAAUCUUUAAAGACACUAAGAAAUAUUUGCAGCCGAAAAGUGUGAAGAAGGGAGCAGAAACAUGGCAUUAACAGUGCUUUAAGUACAGUCUGGUACUUUUAUACGGCUCCGAGACGACAGACCGACAGCCUUGUUCAGAUGUAAAAUGAAUGUAAAACCAAUAUGAUCUCAUCUCUGAUUUUAAGAUGAUUCUUCUAUUUUCUUUGUAUUGCUGUGUGUUGUUAAAGAUUUGUAUAAUAUUUCCAGUCAGGCAUCUGCCAGACGUGUCAAGGGUGGGAAUAUGUAAAAGUUGGAACUCUCUAAAUACGGAGGUUAAUACAGUAGAUAGGCUGUAUCAGUCAGUGUUAGACAGGACCAGCAUGAGAGGGUAACAGCAAUGAUGUGCUUCUGUUGCUUCAUCCAAUCAUCCUCUUAAACCCAUGAGCAUAUUGUAAUUAAGGUGCAGUAUUCAUGUGUAAAAGAUGCCAGGUGAUCAAAUUCAUGUUACUUUAGUGUCUGCGUAGUUUAUCUUCUGUAUCGUGUAGCCAUUUGUUCAUACUCUGCUGCUUCACUUCAGAUUUACUUGGUAUUUUAUAGGUUAUCAGCUUCAUUUUGUGGCAUACGAGUGUUUCAGUCUUAACC